CUUCUAGGUGACAUGAGAUCGUCCUUGAGCCUCGUGUCGAAAGUCCUCUUUCCCUCUUGCGCAGCUUGCUCUUCUCGUUUUCCCUUGUCGUGCGGGACAGAAGCCCUACUGCCAAUCGCCGCCGCUGCCAAUGGCCGCGAUCAGCCUUAGGAGACUGGUUUCACCACCCUCGCUCAGAGCCCUUGGAUUCCUUUCCAACCGAGCUCUCGGAUCGGCGGCUUUGGCGGUUCAGUACGACUAUGAUGAUGACGAAGAUGAGUACGAGGCGUGCAGGCCUAGAACCAUGGCCGAAUCGGCGGGUUGGGCGCCGGAACGUGGAGUUCAGUGGGUAAUGAUUGGGGAGUCGGGCGCCAAACGCCACGUGUUUGCCGAGAGGCUCUCCAAGCUUCUUGAAGUUCCCCAUAUAUCUAUGGGCAGUCUUCUUCGGCAGGAGCUGACCCCACGCUCUGCUCUCUACCAGCAGAUAGCGAAUGCCCUGAACGAAGGAAAGCUUGUUCCCGAGGAAAUAAUUUUCGGGUUACUGUCGAGAAGGCUCGAAGAAGGAUAUUCAACAGGUGAAACUGGCUUCAUCCUGGAUGGAAUUCCUCGUACAAGGAUUCAGGCUGAGAUUCUUGAUCAAAUUGUUCAUGUUGAUUUGGUUGUGAAUUUCAAAUGCUCGGAAGAAACUCGGCGAAGAAAACUCAGGAAAAAUUUCGGCAACCUUGGAGAACAGAGCAAGAUGUUGGAAGAUUACUACUGUAAGCAGAAGAAACUUAUUAAUUUUGAAGUAGCCGGUGGACCUGGAGAAAACUGGCAGGGGCUUCUGGCUGCAUUGCAUCUUAAGCACAUUAAUGCUACUAGUUCUACACAGAAGUUGACUGCUAAAUAGGUCAUCAAUCUUCCCACCCAGCAUUCAUAUUCCUUUGCGGCGUUCUAGUACUUGUGAAUAUGAGAGCCAGAGUUAUUCGGAAAAUUUUUAAAUAAUUUCCGGAAGUUUUGUUUUGUUUGUUCGUUUUUCUUUUCAAUUUUUGACAACCUGGAGAGUUUACCUUCGAUGUGUUGCCUCAAGUAAAGAAAGGCAGAAUACGGCCCUGUAUGACCACUAUUAUUUUACAAGUGAGCAUGUUAUCUUCUUUUC